GCGCCUCCCCUUUUCCUCUAUAUAUGACCAGCCUCAACUCAUCCGCUGUUUUACACUGUGCGUUCUCACUCAGAGAGAAGAUGUGGUCAGGAUAGAACUGCGCUCCUUUUCUUGCGUGCACCAAAUUGCGUUUUUAAACGAAACCUCUUGUUGCUUCCCGCGUACGUUUGUUUCCCCCCCUCCCCCCUUCUCGUUUAGCUCUUUGUGGGUUUGUUUGUUACAAUGAAGGCCAGCGCACCGGUUCGCCCUCAUAAGGUUUCUUCUGGCUGCAGUCAGCUCUCAUUGCGUUAUUUGUCGGAGUGCAGCCGAUGCAAAAUGGAAGAGGAGGAUCUUUUCUGUCUGCAGUACGACAUGAACGACUGCUACAGCCGACUCAAGCGCCUGGUGCCCACUAUUCCGCAGGAUAAGAAAGUCAGUAAAGUGGAGAUCCUCCAGCAUGUCAUUGACUAUAUCCUGGACCUGCAGCUGGCGUUGGAGACGCACCCGGCUCUCCUGAAACAGACGAGCCCACCCGCCUCCACACGGACCCCUCUCACACAAAUCAACACAGAGCAGAGGACGACGGGUGUCAAUAAGGAAGACUCAAUUUUGUGUCGCUGAAAUGUUGCACACCGGUGUGCACUGAACCCAUCCAAAGCCAAGCCCAGCUUCACCAGGGAAUCCAACACACACCAGGCCCAAUC